UGCACGCAGUUUGUGUGAGGAACUUUCAGAUUUGGGUAUGAUUGCCAAUCCUAAUGUGAUGUGGGAGACCUUCCGUGACAAGACCUUGAAGGUUGCUGAGGGUUGUGUUGAUGUUACCGGUGUUCCCAGAAGGAGAUGUUUCAUUUCUCGCAGCACACGGCUCAAUGGCAACUCUGGUCUGUACUGGGAACUGAGAAGGACGGCUGCGAGGGCUCUGAGGGCAGAUAAAGAGGCAUUUGCUAGAGGAAUCAAUGAGCAAGUGACACACCAUCUGUGGCCCAGCGACCCACGUCCUGCUUACAGAGGAAUCGAAGCAUUACACACAUCUGAAUCUGUUCCUCGGAGAGUCGCAGUCAGGGCAGCUGAUGGAACGGUCCUUACGGAUGACACUGCGGUUGUGACCCGCUGGGCUGGCUACUUUGAGCAGUUGUUCAAAGCUGAUCCUCCGGUAAGGACGUUGGAUAUCUCUGGGUCCACGGUUCUUGAGGCUGAUCCUCCAAUUAGCUGUGAACCACCCAAUCUCACUGAGAUUACACAGGUGGUCAACCAGCUGAGGGGGUUUGGAAGGCUGCAGGAAUCUGUGAUUUGGAAUGCCAUACCUCCCAAUCACACCUCUCCAGGUGUCUCCAUCAUUACCCAUUUGGGCAUUGAAGUUGUCCAGCAGAACUAUGGAGUCCCCAGCUGGAACCCUUUCCAGGAUCCCCUCCAAGCACUCCAAGAAGUCCUGGUACUCCAAGCUGCCAUUAGGUGCAUAAGCACAUAUGGCAGUCAGAGGUCUCCUCUCCGCGACCUUCAUCCCCAUAGAGACAGCCCUGUCAUUCUUGGGAAGUGGCUCAAUAAGAAGCCUGUUCCCACCUGA